AUGCCAGCAAAAAAUGGAUCAGCACAGACUGGCAAUAGCAGCCCACCAGAGCUCAGUGUGGAACUUCCAGAGUUGAGCAAUCUUCCAACAGUCUUUUGUCCCUGGGAAAUUGUUGAACUGCCAGUUGAUAUUGUAUUAUUAACAGUUGAGGACUGUGAGUUCUUAAGCUGCUUUGCCUACCUGAAGAAACCCUUUAAGAGUUACCACAUCAGUACUGGCUUUGUGUAUUUUGGGUGCAUGGGUGAUGAUCAAGGAAAGAAAAUGAAAAUCGCAUUGAUGAGGUGCUCCAAAGGUCCUGAUGUUCCUGGGGGUUCUUUGUCCAUUUCAAAAGAUCCCAUUUUGCUACUGAGACCUAAGGCUAUUUUUUCUGUUGGUGCCUGUAGUGGUUUGAACAACAAAAAGGUCAAGUUAGGAGAUGUGGUUGUUUCAGCAAAGCUUAUAACAGCUGCACACAAAACUCCCCCCAGCAGAGAUAUUGGAAACCUGAUCAAACAUGUGGCUGAUGGGUGGAAGGCACCUUUACUUAAUGCUGAUGAAUAUAAUCCCAAAGUGCAUUGUGAUGGAGUGGUUCUGAGUAUCUCAGAGGCAAACAGAGAUAUGAUUAGGAAACAUCCUGAAGCAAUUGCAGUUGAAAUGGAAGGUGGAGGUGAAAAUCAUAAUAAUUCAAAUAAUUGAUGAGCCAAGAAUUUUGCACUUAAAGGAAGUGUUUUGAAAAACACUGCUUUGGUAUUGUCUUUGCUGGUCCAAUAAAUAGGACAGACCAUAUAACAUGCUAAAUUUGCAGGAAUUAUAUAUUGUGUAUUCUUAGUGAUUUUAUGUUUGGCUGGGGUAGCAAGACUUUUUUGCAAGUGAAGGUGACUAACAUGUCUACUGGAUAACUAAAUUGAAUGUGCUCCACCAGAAUGUCAUGGAUUAUCUUUAAUUUUUUAUCUGAAAAAUGUUGAAAGUAUGUUGUUUAAUCGUUUGAGAGUUGAAAAAUAGUACAGUGAAAACUGGCAUAAAAGAUCAAGUGGACUAAGAACAGUCCUACUGAAAUUUGGUCAAAAAAGUACCUUAUACAUAAGAACACAUUUAGCCUGAAAAAUGAAAAUUGUUCAUGUAUUUAAAAAAAUUGGCUGCUAGCUAGAUUAGAAUAACCUACUUAGGUACAGUACUAGGGUACAGUGUUGGAAACAGGGAGGAGGAGUUGGUGCAUUCUGAAUUUGCUCGACUUUUCCUGAGUUUUGAGUUGUUUAUCACCAGAACUGCUACCCCUCCCCCAAUGUAAUAUUAUUGCCAUGACUAAUGCAGUUAAGGUUAGUUACAUCCAUUACUUAAUUAAAAUUUUGUGCUUAUAUGUUUCAGAUCUGUUGGUAGUCUAUGUAGUAUUUAAUUUUUAGAAACAAUUUUAGGAACACCCUAACAUUUUCAGGCUGAUUUUGCAGAAAAACCAGAUAAAUAAGAACAAAAUCAGCCUGAACCCCCAAAACAUGUGUUCUUUUAUGUGGGUUUUUACUGUAUCACAGUCCUUGUCAACUCCAACUGACAAAAGUUUUUCUUUUGAGAAAUGUUAAAAGUUACUUAUGAAACAAGAUGAAGCCUGAAAAAUAAUUUUACAGUCUCAGUGUACAAUUUUUAUUUAAUUACUUGUUGAAUAAAACUAGAUUUCGGUACUAACGUCUUUUUGUGAUGUGCAUGUUUACAAACAGCUAGAGUGUAAAUGUUUGUGGGCUUUUAUUGAAGAAUUAUAUUAAGGAUGCUAAAAAAUAAGCUCAAUAUAGGUAAGACAUGAGUGUUUUUUCCCCUUUUUUUCUUCAGGAGUGUAUGCAGCAGCCCAUGAUUUUAAGACAGAAUGGGUGGUAGUCAAGGGCAUCAAAGACCUUUUAGAUGAAACGCAGUCUUCAAGUAAGAAAUGGAAACAAAUUGCCUGUGUGAUGGCAGCAUCUGUUGUGGCCAACAUUUUGAAUGAUUCAGUCAUUUUCCAAGAUUGGACUCACUUUAAUGCAGGUAUUGCUUCCUGUAUC